CAGGUGAUCGUAGCAGAGGAAUAACAAUGGCCCACUCACAGAUGUCAGCUGCCUUGGUGCUGGUGGUCGUCGCCGCUGUAUGCCAGCACUCUCACAGCUGGCACGGCCACUCGCACGCCCACCAGACGGCCCCAGUGGUGGGGCCUGCUCACCCAGUCCACAUCGGAGGCCACGCUGUCGACUACGUCGCGUACCCGAAGUACGAGUUCGAGUACGGGGUGUCUGACGGUCACACAGGGGACCACCACUCCCAGAAGGAGCACCGCGACGGAGACGUGGUGACGGGCGAGUACUCGCUCAAGGAGGCGGACGGCAGCGUGCGCACCGUCAAGUACCACGCAGACAAGUCCGGCUUCCACCCCGUCGUGCACCACUCGCAUCACGGGCACGGCGACAGACACAGCACGGACGCCGGCUACGCAGGGUAUGCGUACGGAAACGGCGUCUACUGAGUACAGCUCAGCACAGGGCAGCAGGCGGAGGAAGAGCUGCUCCAGCCACGCGUGCUCCCUCCUGCUCCAGCCUUCGUGACAGUUCGCUGAUUUAUCGUACUCAAUAACAGAAGACUGCAAUUGCCAGAUGAUGUAUGACGUGUGAAAUGAUUUAUAUUUUUGUUACUGUUUUUUAUUUUAUUGACAUGAAUAAAAUUCUGGAAACUGAGAAACA